CGCGUUGCCGGAAGCGAUGUCUCUGGGUGACAGUUUCCAUGGAGAUGGAAGAUGGCGCCCAGAAGCCGCCAGCUCUCCUCUACACCGCUGGAAAUCCUGCUCUUCCUCAAUGGAUGGUAUUAUGCCACUUACUUCCUCCUGGAGAUCUUCAUAUUCGUCUAUAAAGGGCUGCUGUUACCAUACCCCUCUGCCAACCUGGCCCUGGAUCUGGUCAUGCUCUUCCUCUACCUCGGCAUUGAAGUCACUCGGAUAUUUUUUGGGUGGACUCAUACUAAGGCUCCAUCCAGGCUGUUCCAGGCCAGACAAGGUGACGCGUUGCCCCAGCGCCUGGGACUGAGGCCACACAUUCCCUCCCUCCACGGCUGGUCUGAUGGCGGCGUCUCAGCCCCUCGGAGCAGAGCUAGACCCAGCCACAGCCUCAUUCCACAUCAGCCCCUCCUGGGCAGGAAGCCACCGCUGGCGUGCCCAGCGACUUGGAGAGAGACUUUAACUCGCAUCCCAGACCUGGCGCCUCAUGAAGCAGCCAUUCCGUGUGCCCAGGCAUCACUCACCCGCUGCAGGCACUGCCCUCCCCUGCCUGCCGGGCAGUGGGGGUGGGGGGGGAGAGGCUGCUGGGAGCUGACAUGGAUCCCAUUCCGGCCCCUACAGCCAGGGCUUAGAGUUUGUCCGAGCCCAUGCACACAAGGCCAGGUGGCCCCUGGCCCAGACCGCACCCCCAUGGAUCAUGCCUGCACCUUCUGUAUCCUCCCAUUUCAGCACAGGGGCGGAGGGGCAGACACCCAGGGCCCCCCUUGUAAGUAUUAAUAAGCUCCUGUCUAUCGCAUGUGUGACUGAUUGGGAGGUGCUUCCACCCGCUCCCCCAGAUUCAGUGUUAUUAGCUGUAGCAGUGACUCGUGGCACUUUUCCCCCUCCUCUCGCAUCCUCCAA